UAGAUGACAGUUCAAGAAACAGUUCGACUCGCGCUUGGAAAAGGGAAAGCAUAUAUUCCCCACAUAUCGCUCAUUUGGUGAUUGGUUUUAUCCACCGCAUCAUCGAUGAAACAAGUCUACAUAAUAGCUUAUCGAAUCGCGUUCCCGUGACGGAUUCUUAAGCCUUUGUCGACUCGGCAAAACAGGCCAUCCGAAAUUGCUCACAAACCAUCUCAAGACUAGCUGCAAACCAUGGGGCUACUCUCCCUCGACCUUCAAAAGAUUGGCCUUGCUGUUCUUCUAGUCAUCAUCUAUCUCUAUGCUUCACUGCAUAGAUCCAAAAGAAGCAACAAGACGGGCCAAACCCUACCAGAGGCAGCAGGGGCGUGGCCUUUGCUCGGCCAUCUUCAUCUCCUUGGGCCAAACAAGCUGCUGCACAGAAUCCUAGCAGCCAUGGCUGAUCAGUACGGACCGGCCUUCUCUAUCCGCCUCGGCAUACACCGAGUACUCGUGGUAAGUAACUGGGAAGUGGCUAAAGAAUGUUUCACUUUGAAUGACAGGGUCUUCCCCACCCGGCCUAGAUCGCUAUCUGUCAAACUCAUGGGUUAUGACCACGCCAUGUUCGGGUUCGCUCCUUAUGGUCCAUACUGGCGCGGUAUGAGGAAGCUUGCUGUGGUUGAGCUCCUCUCAAACCACCGGCUCGAUAUGCUCAAGCAUGUGAGAGAUGCAGAAACCAAUCUUUUAGUCAAGGGGCUGUAUGAAAAAUGGUUGAGCAACGGCGAAAACCCAGUUACAGUGGACAUGGAGAAGGAUUUUGGGCAUGUGGCCAUGAAUAUAACAGUGAGGAUGGUCGCAGGAAAACGAUAUCUAAGUGGUGACAAAGGGGAUGAAGAGGAGUCAACAAGAUGUCAAAAAGCUCUGGGAGAUUUCUUCUUUCUUGUGGGGCAAUUUAUGGUCUCAGAUGCAAUACCCUUUCUAGGAUGGCUAGAUGUAGUGAAGGGACGUGUGGCUGAAAUGAAGAGGACCGCCGAGGAACUGGAUUGGGUUCUUGGAAGGUGGGUGGAGAACCACCGGAAAAGAAGGGCUGCCGCAAAAGUCGAGGAUGAUGAGCAAGACUUCAUUCAUUUCAUGCUCUCUGCAACAGAAUUGGAGGAUGGGAAGUACUCUGUUCAAGAGGCCGAUACUAUCAUCAAGGCCACUUGCUUGAGUGUGAUAUUGGGAGGAAAUGACACCACGGUGUUGACUCUUACAUGGGCACUAUCCCUUCUCCUAAACAACCACCACUCGCUAGAAAGGGCCCAAGAUGAGCUGGAUGUCCAAGUUGGCGAGCACCGCCAAGUGGAAGAAUCGGACAUUAAGAACUUAACCUACUUACAAGCUAUAGUCAAGGAAACACUGCGUCUUUACCCUGUACUGCCACUUUCUGUACAAAGGGAAGCGAUGGAAGACUGCACCGUAGCCGGCUUCCAUGUCCCUGCAGGUACACGCCUUAUGGUUAACUUGUGGAAGCUGCAACGUGACCCCAGAAUCUGGUCACGAGCAUCAGAUUUUCAGCCAGAGAGAUUCCUGACCGACCACGUUCAUGUGGAUGUUAGAGGUCAUUCUUUUGAAUAUAUACCAUUUGGUUCUGGUAGGAGGAUGUGUCCCGGGGUCUCGUUUGGCCUACAGGUAGUGCAACUUAUUCUUGCCCGGCUGCUUCAUGCAUUCAAACUGGAAAGAAUCUCAGGUUCAGAGGUUGAUAUGAGUGAGAGUCCUGGAUUGACAAUGCCCAGAGCGACACCACUGGAGGUUGUACUUACACCAAGGUUACCAGCUACAUUCUACUGAGCUUUCACAAAGAAAGCACCGAGUUAAAUUUGUGUCCCAUAUGUCUGUACCUAUAUUGACACUGCCUGUAUGCAUGUGUAAAUGGAGUUCCCAAACAGAUAAUUUGCUCUGCCUUG